CUGAUUUAUCAGUCUUUCUCAGGACUGAGCAUCUCUUUGGAAGUUGACAAGAACAAUUAACUCAAUUGAUAUUAAAUAAAAUGGCCGAAACUACUUCAAGACCAGUAUAUCUUGAGUCGCAAGCCCAAUACUUGGGUCUCAAGUGGUACACAGUUCUGGCAAAACGACUUUCAGGGCCACAAGCAGUCCCGCCGUAUCUCGAUUAUACUUUGAUAUCCGACUGUUCGCAUAAUCUUCUUGAGAGUGAUAAUCCAUCAGACUUUGUUGCAGGGCUCAUAAUUAGAAUCUGCCUAUCAACUAAUUCGAACCUAAGUGAAGUCCAUGUUGGUAGGGAUAGUGUAACAUUGGCAAGAUUGCACUACGCUAUCCGGGGACAAGGAGCUUUAGAAGCUGAAGCUCAAAUCAUUGCGAUCUUUUCAUAUCUUCUCUCCGUGACUGUUGAGGAGCCGCCGUCCUCUAUGCCGGAUGAUCUAUUGCGAUUAGCAAACUCAUGCCUGCGUGAGAUCAAGCUACCUUCGAUAUCCGGCUCAUCUAGCUUCUUGAAAACUUACGCAAGUUGGAGGUGCAUCGGCGAAAGACAUGAAAUGGCAUAUGGACAGCUUCUUCCACCGUGUGUGUCAACAUCCUUUUUUAUCAUGGACAUAUCUUUCCUCAUAUUGAGGAUCGAUUCUUCCAGCGGAAGGGAUAGCAUGGAAUUAAUGCACGUAUUAUAUUCCACAUCUGCUUGCUUGAAACUUCUCACCACAGAAUGGCUUUGGAAGGUAGGAUAUGUUGCAUGGGGCAUUCACGCCCUCUACGGGCUUCUGUAUCACAUGGAUCAACAGAUAUGUUCGCCUCUGCGACACCAGCAUAUAGAUGUCUUUUGGACUUCAUUCCAGUGGUUCUCUGUCAGCUUGCAGCAAUUGGCUUUGGAUGCUUGUGGUUCUAUCGAUUCAUAUCUAUCAGAGGACAACCAUGAAGGCAACAUACCUCUCGAAACAGCAAGACUUGUAUACUCGCGCCUAUAUGUCUUGAAAGUCAAUGUAUCCCGUUUUUGCGACGAUAAUUCUGAAGGAUUAUCAAACAAGAAUACAACUGUGUCAAUGCCCGCAACCGAUGUCAACUAUAUUGAAGACAAUUAUAGCUGUAUCGAUGGUCCCAUGACCCCUCGGCAGCAAUGCAAAUCUUCUGUGGCUGGACUUAACGAAAGAAGUAUCCAAUCUAACUCGAGUUCAGCGGAACAAGAGUCAGAAUUCCUACAAAAGAGCUGUACCUUCUUCACCCGUGAGGAAUACCGCUAUAUGAUAUCUCACUGGAUGACUUGGAUUUAUCAACAGAGUGAGAGGGUUCCCCUAAGGAGGAAACCUGACUUUUGGCCAGAUAAUGUGCCAUAUAAACGAUCAAGUAAACUAAGCAAAGAUGAGGCAAAGAGAACUUGGGAGCAUCUACUUCGCUCCCAGCCUCUAGAAGGACUUCGAUCCAUCUUGGAUAGUACCUCGCGCGAUAUCCCAACUGAACUGGUCGAAAAAUUGACUGAUUUCCUUGGUGCAGAGAGGUUGAAAGACUGA